CCCCAAUGCGAUUCAUAUUAUCUUCGACACAGUAUUGCAGAGUUAUAAUUAUAUCGAACAUGUUUACUCCAUACUAACAGUUGCACAAGAUCCCUCAUACUCAUCUUAUUCAUCAACAAUGGUACUGGUUGAAGAAGUACCUUUGAAGCCUAAAGCCAAUCCGCCAAAGAAAAAAAGUUUAAGGGAGAAAAUACAACACGUCAAGGAGAAUAUAACUUUAGAGCCUACUCUAGCAUGUUACGUCAUACCAAACGUUCUUUCGAGACUGGCAACACAGAAUUUGAAUUUGGAUAAAGCAUGCCGAGUGAAUAUGAACUAUACGGACGAGGUGUGCGACGCCCUCCUCGUCAGAAAUGGGACUGAAUACUUGGAGGAGGAGACAUCAGUCCAAGAACUGGUAGCAGGAAUGGAGAGCUGGAAGAAUGUGCUUUUGACAGUGAUCCCCAGUUUUCUGAUACUCUUCUUGGGAGCUUGGAGUGAUCGGACAGGGAAGCGAAAGAUAUGCAUUCUGCUGCCGAUUAUUGGGGAGUUGCUGGUCUGUCUGAGCAAUAUGCUGAACGUGUAUUACUUUAAAGAAGUGCCUGCUCAGGUGGCUGUGUUUUUCGAGGCGUUUUUCCCUGCUAUAACUGGCGGAUGGAUCACAACCUACAUGGGGGCAUUUAGUUACAUCAGCGAUGUGUCCAAAGAGGAGUCCAGGACAUUCAGAGUGGGUGUAGCGAACUUGUGCCUCACUGCUGGAGGGCCCAUAGGGUCCGCCUUGAGUGGCAUCCUGUUGAAGCACAUAGGGUACUAUGGAGUAUUCAGUUUAAGUUCUGGGCUGUAUCUGUUCAGUAUCAGUUAUGGUUUCAUAAAUAUUAAGGACCCAGAACGACCAGUGACGGAGAAAAAUGAAAAGAGGGAAUCCUCCGGCGUAUACGGAUUCCUGCAAUCCUUUUUUGACGUGAAACACGUUAAGGACACUCUCCAAGUCACAUUCAAAAAGGGCCCGAAUCACCGGAGAACAAAGUCCAUUUUGGUGUUGGCGGCCAUCGCGUUUAUAUAUGGGCCGGCUUACGGUGAAUUCACGUCGCGAUAUCUGUUUACUCGAUACCGCUUCAACUGGGACGCGCUGAAAUACAGCUUCUACAAUACAUUCUACAUCUGCGUGCACUUUUUGGGUGCGCUCAUUUCAAUAAGCAUAUUCAGUAGACGUCUAAAGUGGCACGAUGCGACAUUGGGGCUCAUUUCCAACACGAGUAAGAUCGUCGGAGCACUGGCCACUGGAUUCGCCAGGAAUACCCUGGAAAUGUAUCUAGCGGUCGCCGUCGAGAUGUUCAACGCCACAUCCUUCACGGCUCUCAGAUCGAUCUCAUCUAAAUUAGUUUCGAGCGAUGAGCUUGGGAAAAUGACAGCAGUUUUCAACCUAAUGGAAGUCCUGACAUCGAUGACGUUCGGUCCAAUCUACUCGUGGAUAUACAUGAAGACCCUCAAGAUAGACGCGGGCAUCAUGUUCUACGUCAGCACUGUGCUCACUGUACCACCGAUACUAAUAUUUUCAUGGUUCUAUCUCCAAAGAAAGAAAAGGCCUAGAGAAGAUGAAAAGCCAGCCUGCGAGAAGCAACCCGAAACCAGCAUAGAAACGAACUGUAGGAAGAAUUCUUUGCUUAGUAGCAUUGAGUGUGCUGAAGAAAAACUACCUGUGUGAUGCUAAUCUUCAUUUCAGUCGAAUGACGUUCACUGCUGGACAAAGACCUCCCCCAAGGAUUUCCACAAAGACCGGUUCUGCACCGCCCCCAUCCAGGAAACUCCACAACCUUCACCAGAUCGUCGGUCUACCUAGUGGGAGGCCUGCCCACAACGUCUUCCAGCCCGUGAUCGCCACUCGAGAACUUUUCUGCCCCAGCGGCCAUCAGCUCUGCGAGCUAUGUGCCCCGCCCACUGCCACUUGAUUUUAGCGAUUCUGCGGGCUAUGUCGGGAUGCUAGUAU